UCACUGCUCCCUGCGCAUCCCUGCAGGCGCAGUCGCAUCGGCAUCAUGGCCAAACCCAGCCCCCAUCCCCAACCCGCGUCCUUGCUCAGCUUCCACAUCCGACUGCUCCAAGUAAACCAUCCCUCCGUCAUUCAGGCGGCGUUCGCCCGAGUGCCGCUGCUCCUGGUACCGUGUGAACUGGCUGGCCUCGCCCAACAAAACGUUGGAAAUGCCCUCACACACGGAGGCGGCGAAGUUAAGCGAUCCGAAAAUGGGCGAGAUGGCACAGCGGAAGACACACCAGACGAGCAGCAAGAAGGCAAUUGUAUGGCCCUCGCCACUGAGCAAGGAGCGAACGACACACGAGGGUCAGCAUGUCGUCGGGCAAUGCACGUUGUAUUGUGUCUCCACCUGUAUAUCGCAUCGAGUGGCCACUGGAUCAAGUCCUUCCAUGGCGUGACUAAGGUGUCCCGAACAAAACCGCUGAGGCCCUUCCACAGGCCGUCCAGGAAGCCGUCGGCACGCGGUCGUGACCCGCCCAACAUCUUGUGAAGAGCAUUGAAGAAGGUGAACAAACUCUGGAACACACCGCCGAUAACGUGAGUGGUGAACCUGGGACAGAGACAGCAGAGACAGAGGGUGGGGUGAAGCGAGGGUAUCCCAAGUCUCCGUUACUUGUAGAAUCCAUUGUUGAGGCCCCCAAUGACGCUGUCGACGCAUUCCAUGGAGCAAUUCGGGUGUGCUCGCCACGCCACGUACGGCUCGACAAAUAGUGCGAUCACCCCAUCAAUCAGGCCCUUCACCACAGCCAAGAACGAUCCAAAUCCCACGGUGGGCAGCGAAUUGCGGACCAUCUGACCAGCGGUGACAUAGAGAUUUUCAAAAGACGCUGCUUUAGGGGUUCUGUUUACCUGCUGGAAGUAGGCAUUGCUCAGUUUCUGCGAGAUGACCCCCCACGGCGCCACGACAUGGAACCUCCUCUCCUGUCUGAAAUAGAUGGCCAUGUUGGGCGUGUCCACCGGCAACGCGUCCAGCAAUUGCAGAAUUUGCCAUGCCGACCCUGUGAAUCCCUCCCCGGGCCCAGACCCCCCACCCAUCGCCUGCAGAUGGUGACGUGCGGCUUUCGAUGCCCCAACACCCAAAGUGGGGCUGUGGGCAGGCAUCCCGGCCCCUUUUUCUGCCAGCUGUUUCGCCCGUCCUCUCCCGGUCGGUAGCGUGUCAGCUGCUUUCUUGACCGUUCGCGCAAUGGCUGCACCUGAGGCCUUGACUGCGUUGCCCUUGGCGGAACGGGUGGAAGUAAGCAGCCGCCUGUCGGAGGAGCGGAUGGUGCACCGCACUUGGAUUGAAUGAAUCUGCAGUUCCUUGACGUAGACCGGACGAGAGUAGGCCUGACCGAUCUCUAGGCGCCUGCACGAGUACGACACGCCAGACAUAGAUACUCUCCUGCCUGUUCGAAAGCGCCGCUUACUUGGGCCUUGGCAUGGCGAUCAUCUGGCCCAUGACGACAGUGACGUCAUCAAAAGCCCUCGACGCAGGACACCGCAGUGGCACCCCUCCCAUGGGGCCCUUGGCCUCCCUCCUUUCGUCGCGACGAAAGGACAGGGACGUCGUCUCGCUUGUCGGACUCGUGCCAGGCUUUGGCAGAGACGUUGUACUGAAUGCCGGCAAGAUGGUGUCUGGUGUGGGGGGUUGCUGAAGGGAUGGAACAGUGUCAGUGUCGGCGACUGCGGUGUAGUCCAGCAGUUGCCGUGUCUCCCGCUGCAUGAGGGACAAGAGGUGCAUUACCACACCCAUCUCGACAUUCAGACCGAAAGGGGCGAUCUGGACCUCCACAUUCUCAUAUGUGGGUGCCCUCGUUGCAUCCACGAGCUCUUUCUUGAAGCGCAAGAAAAAGAAAUGGCUGGCUUCAUUGACUCUCUGCCGCCAAGCCAGCAGAACGGGGAUCUCGUUAGGCAACUGACGGUGCAAUAUCACGGGCAAGUCCCCAGGCACAAAGUGGUCCAGAUGGAGAUUCGAGAAGGAAAACUCCAACUCAAGCGAGUCGCCCCGGAUGCCAGGUGGGGAAGGGGAGGGACCCCGGGGCGCCUCGCUUGGUGCUGACGGAAGCGGAGGUAGGGUGAGACGCUUCACUGUUGAGCGACCGGCGGAUGUGAUCAGGGUGAAAGAGAGAGACAUGUCCUGAAUGUGGGCUGUCAAGACCUGUGUGGCAGAAAGAAAAUGUACAUAGCAUGAAGGACUCUCAAACGAUGUCUUUUUGUCUGGCGCACUUCUUCGUGCUGAUGUAUCCAGGCCACAGUGACCUUCGACACCUUGACCGAGCCCAUCAACUUGUGCGCCCUUUGUCUCCCCAUUGUCUCCUUGUCAUCAUCAUCUUGGUCAACAUGAUUGGCGCCGACCGCUUUCUGUCUGUCUCUGAUACACUCGGCAGCCUCUUUUGUCUCGGUCACUGUCAGCACUCGAGUGCCCUUGGCGUCAACCGUCAAAGCCACAUACAGCUUUCCUUUGCGGCGCUUCUGAGCGCGUGACGGAAAGAGGUCGCGAGAGCCUGACCAUUGAAUAUGAGGAACGAAGCGCUGGGCUGCUGCGGGCCGAGAGGGGGCAAAGCGGCUCGACCGCUCUUGCAGCGAGCCUUGAGUGGCAAGUUGCUUGACUUGCGGGGACCCAUCAGCAGCUGUCACGCCGUUAUCUGGCCUGUCGUCCGUCAGAGUAGAGCUGCUGAGGUGUGUUCGUCUCGUGGACAUCCAUCCAGGCCCCGGAGCCCCGGCGGUAGCGGGGCUGGCGACAGGCGACAGUUCGUCCGGGCCUGCCUCUUCCUCCGUGUCGUCCUUCAUGAGCGAGCCACUCCGGUUUGUCAAAGCGUCCUCGCCAUGCAGGCCUUGCGGGUAGAUCAAAUCCGAGGCGGCAUGCUGUGGCCGCGCUGCAGACCCUGCCCCCCUCCUCUGCAUGCGCUUGGCACUCGGCAGGUCAAAGUCCAGGAUAGAGACAUGCUCCUCGACGGUGACCAGCGAGAAGAACUCCCACUUGACUUUCUUGUUGCAAUCCUUGACCCUCAGCGCCACCUUUGCCUUGCUCGCGUGUAGCCUGGUCUUGCGCUCGUCCAGCUCGUCUUCGGGUGUGAGAACGACGCUGCUCCUGCCAGGUAGGUCGAAGACCCGCUCGCUGGGGGGCGGAUCGGAACGGGCCGUGGAGAACGAGAGAGCGUAACUGAAGACACAAUCGAGACAUAUGGAUGUGCGUGACAGAAGCAAAGCACCAACUGCCGCACUUACUCUGUGAGGUUUCUGAGUUUGAAGGUCGGGUAGAGUGGGAUAGACAGGACAACAAAGUAGCCGUUGAAGACAUACGGCACCGCCGACCGAUUCCCAAACUCUCCGCUGACGAUGUCCACCUGUAUGAGAGUCCGUUUUGUCGCAUCCUCUGCUUGUGCCUCGCCCAUUUGCCGACUUAUCAGUGAGCCACAGUAUCUUCUGAAGGUCCGGUCAUCGACGAUCGAUGCCUCCAUAUUGAAUUUGAACUGGAACGAUGCGGGCACACUCGGAGGGGGCAGUGAGAAGGCCGGCGUCGCCAUCUGCAGUUGCGGCGAAUAUAAGAAGACUUUUCCGCCACCACCAAGCUCCCCAUGGAAUGCCAGACUUGAGUGUGGUGCCAGAUAUCCUUCGGGUCCUUGCAGUCUGGCGUCUGUGGCUGACUCAUGCUCCGACGUGCUCUUGACGACCACCCGAGCGUGAUGUCCGCCUGCAGGCACGCUUUUUGACGCAGGUAGGCGCGGUGUCGCGCCGGCGGGGGCCGGGGAUUCGGACCCUGAGGCCGAGAAUAUUUGCACAGGGAAGGGCAGCUUGGACUGGAAGACAAAACGGUCGAUAAAGCUGACCACUUUGCUGAGGGAGAACGGGGGAUCGGCGUACCGCACACAUACGCCAAGCGUCACUUUGACUGAGUCAGGGACAGUCGGGAUGGUGGGUGAUGGCUGAGGGAGGGGGAAUGGCAGAGAGAGAGGGCUGACGCCGACGGAUGGCACAGCUGAAGGGGCCAUGCUCUGUUCGCGUGUCUCGCUGCCGUGAUGCUCCAUGAAGGUUGUCGGAUAAUCUCCGGUCUCCAUCAGCCGAUCCACAGCAGCAUCAACCGCCGGCCAUGACACCAAAUCAAGAUCGAUCGCCUCUUCUGCCUUCUCAACUGUGACUGACGGUACGACGGCCACUGUUGCAUCUUCCGAUCCUCGCCCUUCCCGUCCCACCGGUCUGCGUGGCUGCUUCGUCCUCUUUGCUGCCACGAAAGCGGAUCCAGGCCUUUUCCUCUUCGCCAAUGCCUCCCGGGGCCGGAAGCUGUAGACAGUGCCUGCGUAGCGCGCCAGCUGCUGAUUGGAAUGUCUGUGCGGAUUGGAUCUGAAGACCCUCUUGCUCAGGGCGGAAAUUGGCUUGAGCGGAGCGAACGACCGUUUAGGCGGGACGGCUGUCUCGUCAGAGUCGCUCGACGACUGGGCGUCGUGAGAAUGAGAAGAGGCGGACUCUGAAGAGAUAAGAGAAUCAAGGAAUCUGGAAGCUGGUGCGGACGGCCGUGGCUUACUGUCUUGUGCGACUGUGUCCACAGUGACGUCUGCAAGUGGUUUCAUGACGAGCUGAAGAGUGUCUCGCGUGAGGGUCGGAUUGAUGAGGUCCAAACUCCUGCUGUAGCCGCUGCCGAGCACACACGAUUCGCCUUGCUCAUACUGCAUCGCCCGCACACGCACCGACCUGCAUCCAAACAAGCCGAUUCUCAACCAUCAGAUUCUCUCCAGAUGUCAACGCACCGCACUUCUUCUUCAGUUGUGUACAGUCGGCAGUGUGGCGGAAUGACCAUGCUGUUGCACGACAGCGCAACAUCCGUCACGUUCUCGAUGAAGAAGGGCAUGUAAAGAGUUACGACACGACUGCAAGGCCGACAGACAGCAACACAAUGCCUGUGCGCCCAUUGCUGGUAUCGUUGACUGUUCCUACCGUGUAGCUUCCAUGGCGAUCUGCAUACGCUUGUAAGAGCACAGCUUCAGCUGUCGGCCGACUUUGUCCCGAGACUCGUACCUGACCAGAUGACACAUAAUAGAGCACAGACCGCGACUCAUCAGCUUCAUCAUCGCUCACGCAAUGAGCGGCCGAUCGUGAUCUCGCAGCACUCCUUCCAGUGAUCCCGCCCUCUGCCUCAGCGGAAGAGUCCUCGUCAGUGUCUCAUACUUGGGCAUCACCAGAUACGUCUUGGCUGACACGUACAGGUCUGUUGUCGUCUUGCGACGAGGGGGCGAAGGCACAUGAUCUCCUUCAUCCUCUUUGCCGUCUGUCGCUUCCAUCUUGGGCUGAGGGACCCCUGCAUUGCCAUCAAGUGGGGCGCCAUGAAUUGACACUUUUAGCCACGCUUGGCGGCGAGACAACGGAAUGGCCUGCGACAGCAAAACAAGCACAGUCAGACAGAAUACGACAGCGAGUGUUGCUUACCCAUAUCUGGUCCGGUCCCAGCUUCUUGACGAUCUUUCUCUCCCCGAUCAGUGAGAUGGCGUCUCUCAAAUGCGUCGGUGCCUUGGAGACGUCGGGCCCCUUCAUCCUGUUGCUGCGCCGAAUGAGAAACGAGGGCAUUGGCGCAUUGCUGGUCUUUGCCGUCGGAGACAUGGAGUGGGGAGAGGUGAUAUGCAGUGAAUGCCGUCCAGCCCGUGGCUUCUCUGUCACGGCUUUCUCGGGCUGCUCCUCCGUCCCCGCCACGGAUUCUUCUUCGUUGACGCGUGGAAGGGCAGUGGUGGAUGCGAGCUGGCCUCGGCUGGAAUCCUUGACAGGCGCCAACUGAUCAAGGAACAAUUGAAAUAAGAGAAAGAUGAAAACAAAUGCAUUUUGUGUACCUCCAGCGUGAUUGGAAAGGGAAGAGCAUUCUUGACGGCAAUGAAAGGUUCGAUGCGGAUGACAUACUUGUGCGCUAUCUGAAAGACCCAAGACAACUCAGUCCAACAUGCUGUAUGAAGGCUCAGAAGGCUCGCUCACCCUGUUCCUUUCGUUGGACGGAAUCUCAGUAACAUCGACCAUACCUGCAAGGAACAAUGCCCCACAUACACAGUAGACAAGUUGUGCCCGACAUAUUGCUUACCGUAGAAUGAGAGAUUGCAAGUGUAUUUCAAGACGAAAUCGGCGACGCUCACCCGCUGAUAUGCAAGAUGUGGACCUGAACGAACAAGCAGAGUUUCUUGCGUGUUUUGCUCCGUGUGCCCUUGUCCCCGACUUGUGAUUUUGUUGAUAAGCUUGGCCAGCGCAGCGAACGGCAGUGGGACAAUAGCCUUUGCCUUCGUCAGCCACUUCCCAAAGCCGCCCUCCAUUUUCGUCCGGACUCCGGUAACGCUUGCCCGAGUGCUCCAUGUUCCCGCAGAUAGGUCCCACGCGCCCGUCGGCCCGACCAGGUGGGGCGCGAUCAGCGGAGCGACCUCGAGGAAAAACCAAUGGAGAGGAAUCGACUUCCGGCUGUACGGCUGGACCUCGAUGGAUGCGCAUGUCUUGAGAAUAGGAAAACCUGUCAGACACAGUUACCGGAGGGAUAUGCGUGCUUUCGAGACAGCUGCAUAUUCCUACCGCCAUCUGCGGCUUUUGUCCUCCCCUCGCUAAAGAAUCGACCAAGCUGCCUGACGAAUCGAAGCAGCAGGAUUCUAACAAGCACGCUAAUGUAGCUGCCGAUCGAUACCUCAUGCCCAUUUCACCGAGGGCGAUCGGAUUGAUUGGGAGCCCCAGUAAUCGCGUUCUUCCCUGUGGACUUGGCAGGUGGAUAGUAAAGGGGAGGGACGUCGAGUUUUGAAUCUGGAUGCACGUCCCGACAGACAGAUUGCAGAUGCCCUCGUCCCAAUUGAUUUGCGGCUCAACAAGAAGUUUGGAGCCGAUCUUCGCAAGGGUACCCAAAGCAAGACACGCAAAUACUCAUGUAGUGCAUAAGAGCAAAAAUUCUUGCGGACCUUGUCAACCUUGUAGGCUUUUGCCCGUGUGUGGUCAUACUGAAGCCGUCCCACUUGCUUCCAGUUCCUAGCCGUCAACAGAUCCCCGUGCAAAGUGUGCGAUCGCGACCCGAGCGCCCGUCUCUCCAGAGCACUGUCGACCGUCACGUCAAGCUCGCUGUCAGCAACGCUUUCCCUCAUUCCAGCGUUUGCCCGCCCUUCUUCCAUUCGCAAGAUCUCGAGGAAGUUCUGUGCUCCUCUUGACGUGCCGAAUAGAAGCAGGUCGUCUUCCUCGAUGCGAAAACCAUCCAGUCCCUCCAUCCCACGGCAGAAGUCUGCGACUUGUCGACCAGAUUUUUGUCCCCUCACUUUGUGUUGCAGGGCGCUUCUUGUCGUAGCUUGAGGUGCGCUUCCUUGUGAUAACUUCGUGGGGUAUAUGUCUUGUAUCACUUGCUUGAAGCCCGCCCAAGUCGCAUUGACAGUUGCGCUAACCCCUUCUUGGAUGAAACCCCGAGCCUGGGAGCUGUGCGGGGACUGGUCGGGCAAUCGGUCGGUGGCUGGCUUGGGUGCGUCGUGGUAUGUGUACGUAGUGUGGUCGUCCAAAGGGAUGUUGCACGCCAGGUCGACAAGUUGGGCAUUAGAGACACGACAUGCCUCAAGCUCACGCAGCUUCCCAAUCCACCUGAGCGACUUUGAUGGACUUGGAUGAUCCUCCCCCAAUUCGUGACGGAUCCUUCCGCUGACCGCUGAUCGGCAGUACAGGAGAAGCUCAGCCGCCGUGUCAUUGUGGAUGCGAAACGUGGUGAUGGUCAGCGGCCGCUCGACAGCCCUGUCGCUCUUCUUAAUCUCACUGUGAAGCCGUGCCACCACUUGAACGAAGGACGACGUGAUGUCCAGAUUCAGGCGAUCGACGAAAACCGUCACAGUGUACGGAGACGCCUGCUCGCGUCGUAUGCGAGAGCUCCUGCGCUGCCGGGGGAGCAGAGAAGGCUCUCCGGCCUGGAGCUUCUCUGUCGAAGCUGGUACAGCAGCUGGUCUCGGCACUUCUGUCGUUGCAAUGGGUUUACCACCUUCACUCGCCUCGUCAAGGGAGGGGUGACGUUGGCGAGAGAAGUUGAGGGUAACUUUAAACUCCUGAAGGAUGCGCUGCUGCGUGUUGGCCAGCGAGUUGUGGCAGGUGCAGUCGAUCUUGAAUGUGCUCAUGAAUCCACCUCUAGCGGGCGAAACCGGAUACGACCCUUCCAAUUUGAAGUUUUUCACCGCGAAGGACACAAGCUGCAGCUGCAUGUCGAGGACCUUGAAUGAUACUUCGCAGAUGUCGACUCGCAGGGUGAGGCGACGCUUGUGGGGCUUUCGUGAGACAGGCGAAGUACCUGGCACGGCUGUCUCGACCAGUCGCUGAUGUCCGACAGCGGCGAGAGAAACGCUCUCUGUGACAUUCGGCCCAUCAUCAUGAUAUUCAGAAGCAGCUGAAGAGGGGGGGGCUCCCUGGCCAGAGAUCUCCUCAUCAGGCGCCGUCGCAUCGAAGAGCGGCGUGAACAGCCACUCGAGCGGGUCGACCGUUUCUCCAGCUGUCGAAAUACUCCCUGUCUCAGCCUCUUCAGCGGCCUCGCGCUGCGGAGUCGGCUGAUGCCGCCUCCUGAAUCCCACAGGAACUCGUCGCCUGCCGGCUUCCCUGAAAGCGUGGCGCCUCAUUUGGUGCCGCUUCAUCAGUGCUGGAGACAUGUCCUCUCCUGCAUCGUCUGCUUCGUCCUCAGAAGACGUGUUGGCCGGCAAAGGGGCCGAUGCCCGACGGCGACGAGAGCUGGGUUGACUGACUCCUGUCUUCUCCUGCAAGGAAUCUCUUAGACUGAAUUUUGUCCUUCUUCUUUUUGGGUCAUUUCUGGCACCGAAAAGCCGUCUCAACAUUGUCAAUCGCCCUGGAGCUUCGCUGGCGACAGUCACGAUUUCUGAGGGUUCCUCUGCAAUCCUGCUGACCUCGCCGGGUAAAUCCAGCGAGCCACUGUGACUUGCCCUUCGCAAUGCCGAUUCAGCUUCCCUCUCCCUUUCUUGCCCAGUCUUGAGGGUUGAUGCCUUCCAUGGCAUUGUCAACACAUGAGGGAGCGAUACCUUGCGCUGUGAUGAUGCAGAUAGUCUCCUCUUUUCGUCUUCUUCAUCCUCGUCUUGGCGCUCAUCUGACAUUCUUCGCUUUUUUUGCAGCUCGUCAGUGCUGAUCAGUCCCAAGUGGUCUUGUGUCACGCCGCGCUCAAACUCAGGCGAGAAUGUCGCUACAUAGUGCAGCUCUUGGCCCUCCUCUCGAUCGCUCUGGACAAUUGUCUUCCAGCUGGCACGCAGCUCAUUGAUAGUGUGGUUGAGCUGUCUCGACAGAGUACGGAAGCGGCGAGAAUUCUCAAAUGACAUCCGCACUCGGAUCUCGUGGACAUGGUUGGAAGGACGACCAAUGCGCUCGACGGUCACCUCUCGCAGACCCGGACUGCCCUUAACAUUCGCGUACACUUGGUUCAUCUCAAAGAAGCAGUCAUCUCUGUUGGAUGCCCUUUCAACCAGCAUCGACCCUGUUGGCCCAGUGAGGAUUGGUGGGGAUGGAGGGCGAGAGGCGGAGGGGGCACGUUCACUGUCAGGGCGCGGCGAGCGGGCGCCGGAAGGGGAUGGGCUAGCAGAGCUUGUGGAUGAUGACGAUGACGGUAUAGGCGAACCUACCGCGCCUUGGCUGUUGUCUUCUCCUGUCUCGCGCGCCUCUGUGUUCUUGAUCUCGGGCCAUCCGUACAGCAUCAAGAGCUCCUCUAGGUGGCACGAGACGUUCGACAAGUGUGGCUGCUUCUUUGCCGUCAACUCGAAUCCAAGCAGGAUGCCGACGGUCAGAUCCGAGCCCUUUCUGACAUCUGUGCGGUUGCUUGGAGGUAGCGAUGCAGGAUUGGACAAGGAAGGGAUUGUUACAGCCGAUGGCACGCUAUCGUCACCGAUCUCAGGGGUGCCACGCUCAAACGCCUGGAAGGCGUCGAUCUCAUUGCUCGUGUGCAACACUUGCAGAGAUGGCGUGAAGUGGACGUCGUCGACAACAGAAGGCACGUACUGGCCAUGUCGCACAGCUGACGGCGUCUCCCAACCCAUUACAGCCACAGUCGACCGCCGGGUCUUAGCGUCAGGCUUCUCGUUUGCAAGCUUCGGCUCCGCUUGAAUCCCACGUGGCCUUUCUGCCGUCUGACUUGGUUGCUUCUUGAUGCCUAGAAGUUCCUCAUCGCUGGGCAGCGGAGGCAGCCAGAUCUCGAGAGAUGAGACGUGAAUGGUGACCAACUGUGUUGCGAUCGGCCUGGUAGGCGGAACGGUUGGCAUAGAAGGCUCUUCGUAUCGUUUGCACGCAUCCCCUUGCUUAGCACCAUCGUCAUGCCUGACAAUUCGCAUGAACACCACCUGACCCAUGAGAGUCGCAACUUUCUUUCUGGCAGCUCACCUUUGUACGAGCGCCUUAGUCAUUCUCAUCACUCCAUGCAAGGUCCUACCCACUGUACCAAACAUAGUCGACGGGCGAGACAUGAUCCCAGACGCGCUGCGAGGACAGAGGAGACGAGUUAAGCCGCGGCUUCGUUCGGGAAUUGUGUUAUCCCACCUGGUCUUGUCUUCAGACCUCACGUCAUCCGCAGGGGGUGCAUCUUCCUCUUCCGUCCUCCUGCCUCCGAAACCUUGGGGCGGCUUCAGGUUUCGCGAAAGAGAGCGAAUGAAUGGAUUUGACGAUAGCCUUCUUUCGCCUGCCGUGAUGGCGGCCUGCGAUAUUUGGUCAUCGGCAGAUACGAAAGAAGGUUGGCGUGCGAUCGGGCCCAAUGUGCGAGCGGCCGCCGACGAUGCUAGGCUCUUUGGGCCUGGCAUCUGAUCCAUCGAAGGAGGAGACGGGCGACGAAGCAAAGAGAUCGAUCGCAAAGGAUCCGUCCUUAUUGACGCUGGCCUUGACACCGCAGAAGAGUCCUCAUCGGGCAUUGGAGUCGGACGGAAAUGCUCGGUUGCCACAAGGAUAUGCUGGUCUAAAGGCAAGUUGUAGACACGGAGCACACUCUUUGUUGACCUGCCUUCAUUUUAAUGUGCCAUCUCACCUGGUUUCUGAGGCGUCAGGGUUAUUGUCUUGCGCAGUGUCCUAACAGCCCCGCUCAUCAUUCUAAUAGGCUGCCACACCCGUGAGGUUCGCUCCUUCUCCUCAUGCCCUGUGCCGCAACCUCCCAUGUCUCGCAUGUCUGCGCUGUACUCGAGGUCGGAAAGAAAGUGAGAGGGCUCUGAUUCCUCGCGCAGUUGGACCGUCAGCCCAGGAGCGCUCGACCGCACCUGCCGAGAGUGGCCGGUGCUGGCGAGAUGAGCCACGACGACGAUCUCUGGAAGCAAUAGCAGUAAAGCCCUGGUGUCUGUGCCGACACGAUGCUUGGAAGGGGGACGCGGGACUGCUUCAGACGACAGGUCAGAAGAGAUCCUGAAAGUGGAGGUGCGUGCAGUCGUGAAGUGCAUUGAGGUAGGCUGGAUUGAGUGGCUUGGCGAAGGAGCUGUGAUAUCGUUGUUGAAUCGCAGGACCCCACCAAGAAAGCGGAACAGCGGAACAAUGAGAUGCAGACGCAGCUCGAUCCGCAGGUUCUGGAGAUUUGUAAAGGACUGCUGCAAGUACUUGCUCUUGUGAAUGCUCCAGGUGAGCUGCUCGCGCGAGGGCUUCUUGUUAGUGCGCGCUGAAGGGGUAUGGCUCGGAAGCGGAUGGCUGGCCUUGAGUGCGAUGGUGUUCGUGAUCAGAGACUGCUGGGCCCGGUCCAGCAUUGUCACGUUCCGAACAGAAAUGUCAGCGCUGCGAGGAGGUCACAAGAAGAAACAAAAGCUAUGUGCAGUGUAUCCUGAUGAUGAGAUCCUACCUGAGUUGGCCUGGCACUGACGCCAAAUGCGCUUGGACCUGCUUGAGCUCAAAAGUCACGAUAUACUCGUGUGCCUCGCGCCCUUGCCUCUCUUCUUCCGCGCUCAAUUCCUGCUUCAGGCCAAGCCUCACAUGGUCCAGCUUGAAAACAAACUCCCUCUGACGCGCCUUGCCUGCUGUCCCAUUCCCCGUGGACACUUGAGAACGCAAAGAUGGAUGUGUCGACGCUGAACACGGCGAGAGAGCCACAGCUUCUUGCUCGGACGCGACGCCUUUCAAGUUGAUGUCAAUUCGUGGAGCGGGGACGGUCGAUGUGCAUGCGACGAGGUAUUGUACAUUGGACAUGCCGCAAGGUUGGCUCGGCGUGGCGGACACCUUGAGUGCGACGUUAAGGUCAUUCAAUGUGGGAAGCAGCAGCUGAUGACCACAGAAGCAGGUGGAAGUGACAGAGUUGUUCAUAUGUGCUCACACCUGUAUCCCUCCCAACUCAAGAGUCGUCGUCAUGUUCUGUGGCACGCGAUCCCAGAUACCAGUCGGCGUCUCCUUCUCGUGUCUGUCUUCUUCUUGUCGCUCUUGAGCCUCUGGAAGUGAGGCAAGGGCAGGUGGGGGAGAGACGUCCUCCAAAGAAGAGCAAGACGACGAUGAAAGGUUGAGAAUGGAAUCCUGCCAUGGCCUGGAAUGCGCAGCGACCGAGCGUGAUGCACCUAGACUGAAGAAAAGUCAAAGACGAUGAAGAAUCAAUGAGACACGAGACCCGUGUGAUGGCUCACUGCUCGGAGAGAUUCUCCUGCCACUGCUGCGUAUGCUUGAUGAAAUCUUGGACCAUGCGGAUCUGCACAAAAGGACAAAGAAUGUACAAAUGGAUGGCAGCACUCGAAAUUGCCACUCCGUGCUCACCGUGUGUGGGUGGCAUCUCAGCCGGGUGGUGGCAAUCUUGGUCACAAACCUCUUCUGUUUUCCAUCGGAUGUCGUCAGCUCCAUCUCGAUAUGCCUCUCCAUCCCCAUCUCGUCUCCUUGGUUCACUUGGAACAUGACUGGAAAGACGACAGGCGGUGUGUGAUCGGCCACGAUGGCCGCAAAUGGAGGCAGCCACGGCAAACAUUCCUCGAAGUCAGGAUGAUACCACAGCUCCUUGUGGAGCCGCUCCUCAAGCGUCAAGCCUCCUGUUCCGUCAAUUGUCGCAUCGCCCUGCAUCUCUCCGGCUUCGUUCCACAAGGAUGGAAACACAUCGCGGUGAAGCGAUGACAAAAGGGACGCACGCGAGAAGCCUGCGUGAGCCCGAUGGCCGGACAGUGUACUCCCUGGCCGCCCCGAGCUGACAGUCGAUCGUCGCGCUGACUGGCUUGUUGGUGAAGUUUUGGCACCUUCGUCAGCGGCCUUGUCGUCCAUCAGUGUGGUUGCGCGCCGCAGAGACGCCGACUGAUGCAGAUGCUUGAUAAGCGACGAGGGUGAACCUGUCAGCGAAGGCGACGCUUCCGCCUGACCAAUGCUGGCUGUGCUUGUGUGACUGCGGCGCAGCGAUUGAGAGAUGGAAGAAGAGGGGCGCGGGCUGACAGAAGAAGGCCCUCGAUUAUCGUCAUUGUCGAUGUGCCACAGAUAGAUGCGGUCGACGUGAAAGAAGAACUGCAAGGUCUCCUGCUGUGGCACAAAUCGAUCGCCGUCCCUUCUGGCGGAUGAUGCAAGCGAAAAAGGCAGCUUCUCAGCCCAAUUGGCACGGAAGGAGACGUUGUGGACGACGAAAGCAGUGAGUAGCCAUGUGGCAUUUCGCAUGAUGCCGAUUUCAAUGCGAUCGACUCUCAACUUGAUGACAUGGACCGGUCGGGUAGCCUGGGGGGCCAAGGAAACUCGCGUUUGUAUGCCGGGGUCAGAGUCAAAUUCGCCCUUGAAGUACACUCGGAAACCUGGGCGAAUUCGACUCAUCAAGACUAUUCAGAUUCCCAUGCUGUCUCACCAUAAUUGUUGACAUCGACGACGGCCGUUCUCCCCUCAACACGCUCCCAGUGGCUUCCUCGUUCUCCUUCUCGAUUCGCAGGGCCCCUCAGCCAGUCAUCGACAGUCAAAAUGACCGACACCGCACUUUCUGGCGCCAAACUGGUAGGAGACUGCCCGUCAGCAGAACGCAGCUCGCUUCGUAACACAUCUUCUUCACAAGGCGCGUCGCUGGCGGCUCCUCCAUCGGCGUUGACCAUGUGGAUUCCGACGUUGUGGACGAAUGUGACAACUUUGGCAGCGGUGGAUGCGAUGCGAGAAAGGGGAGAUGGAGCGGCUGACGAAAGAUUGGCGCCCACUGCGAGGCUGUGGGGUGAUACCGCAAGAGUAGAGAUGGGACUGGAAACGGUAGCAGAAGGCUCCGACUCGCCAGCAAAGAAUUCCUGAGGCGCAGCCAAAAACCUGAGACACAAAGUCUUGCUUCUUUGAGUGAGCUGACUUCCUCUUACACGUGCGAACUUGACGAAACCAAGGGUAGCAGCAAGAAAGGAUGCCGUGGGAAAGAGAUGAAUCGACACGAGAUGCAUUGACACAUAGAGUUCUUUAUCAUCAACGGCUUUGGCUGAGUUUUUCUCCUCGCGACGCCCAUAGCGCACCACUAUCGACACCUGGAGAAGAUCGGCAGAAAUUGUUUGCCUUCAUUGGAUGCCACUCGUACCUGUCCCUUGUUUCUGCCGGCGACAGUCGACGUCCCAGACAUGACCGUCCACUCUGACGCCGUAGGCGACGUUCGCUCCUUCAUUUUGUUAGUAAGUGCUGCCACGUGGGCAAUGUGCUUGGAGAAAACCACAGACGGUCUGUGUCAAAAUGAAUUUGGACCAGCGCGGACAAGCAAGAAGGGGGCACGAUCCGCAUACCUGUACGAUUUUGAUGACAACACUUCGAUGUACUCGACAAAUAUUUCAUCCAAAUGCAGACUCAGUGAGAAUCCCGCAUCCCCACAGGGAUCUGAGUGACGACAUGCAAGAGACACAAGGGUGGCAACAAGACUCAUUCAUGCUCACCAUAAACAAAAAGAAGCCCUUCAAGCCUCGACAUGAGCCACAGGUUGCGCUUGCGAUACACAUAUAAAGCAAUCUGCAAUGAAAGCCAUCACGAGAUACCCGUCUGCAGUGGCAGCUUCAUGCUUGACCUCUGGCUUCUCUUGCCUGGUUCGCCCUUAUGUCGAAGCAUUGGUUUGGCGUCUCUUGUUCCGCAAUCCGUGUCUCCUCUGCCAAACUCUGCCUCCUCUGCCAUCGAGGAAGGAAUCCUUUGAAGUUCUUGACAACAAUGAACAGCGCAGUGCUGACGGAGACCUCCAUUUCGGCGACGCGUAAUUCGAGUUUUCUUGGCGAGUACACGACAGACAGAUUGGGCACCAUUGCCAGCUCUGCUGUUGGACCCCUUCCAUCAAACUCGUCACCGUCGUAGCUGGAGCCUUCGGCAAACGCUUGGGAUGAAGCGGCGUGGACAGCGACUGUCUGAGAGUCGGGGUGAUACUCUAAGUCGAGAGCAGUUGCUUGGACGAGCGUAUGCGGGAUGUCUGUUGCGUCAGAGGGACUGGCGGGAGCUUCGGGGCGAAAGCGGACAGCAGCCUCCGCCGCCUCGACACGCAGCCGCUGAAACCGCGCACUGUCUGACUGCCCUGCCGCGACGGCCGCAACAACCUGCAGACACGAAUAGACGCGAAGCGAUCUGUUGGCUGAAAGUGAUAAGUGUUAAUAGGCGGAAUGUUACCUCUGCAGCACUUUCAUGGUGAGUUCGCGCAAGCCAUUGGGCAUUCACCUCUGAUGAAGGAAGGAUGUCUUGCACAAGGGAUAAAAGGAGCCGCGCAUCGCCCCGGACGUGAGAGAAAUCGAUCGAGUAAAAGCGUUCACGGUCCUGGAAAAGCGAGCAAUUAGAAAAGGACGUUGUGUUCUUUAUUUGUGUACGUACUCGUGAAUCUGUGUAUGUGAGAGAGUCUGAGGGGCCAUCACAAGCACACCGCUGCCCCAUCUGCGUUUCGCUUUCGCACCGGAUGGCCGAGCCAGCUUCUUCGUCACCAUUUCCAUUCUUCACGCGAUCUGUCUUCCUCCUGACUGCCCGCUUUCCCAUCUCGUCCACCGAUUCGGAAAUGUCUUGACUGGCGCGUCUCUUGUGGACUCGUGUGGGGCGAGCCGGCACAUCUGUUAAACAGGAAAUGGCAGCCAUGCCGACUUGCGUUGUACACGGCGAGACUUACCUGUCUCCUGCACUGACGGCGAUGGAAGCGGUCCGGCGUGCAGUAGCACUGAUGAAGGCUGCGAUGCCGAUACUUGCAGCGCAUAAUCCAUUUCGCUCGUUGCAAGCCAUUCGCUUAUAAUCUCCUGAGUGCCGCUGGUGACCUCUUCGAAGGCGAUGUGCGUUGUCUUCCUCUCUCCCGCCUCAGACGUCAUCUCAAAGCCUUGAACACUUGCCCACUUGG